AUGUCACUUAAUAUUGAAAAUGGAAACGAGGCUUGCUCGGACACAAUGGCGGACGGCGAUCUCUGCCUGCACUGCAGAUACUUAUACUAUCUAUCUAUCUAUCUAUCUAUCUAUCUAUCUAUCUAUCUAUCUAUAUAUAUAUAUAUAUAUAUGUUUAAAUACGGAGAUGUUAAAAUACUCACGAGUAAACCAAUCUAUCUAUCUAUCUAUCUAUCUAUCUAUCUAUCUAUCUUGUUCAUAUCUAUCUAUUCCACAUCUCUUUUCCUUGUAUUGUUUUUCAUAUCUCAUUUGGUUCAUAUCUAUCUAUCUAUCUAUCUAUCUAUCUAUCUAUCUAUCUAUCUAUCUAUCUAUCCUUGUCUCUUCAUUAUCUAUCUAUCUAUCUCAUUUGGUAGCAUCUCUUUUCCUUGUGUUGUUUUUCAUAUCUCAAUGUUGAGGUCGUUAAUAUUCUACGACGCUUUUUUGCGAUGUGAAUGCCGUGAUAAAAAGCUGUGUCGGUUAUCUAUCUAUCUAUCUCAUUUGGUUCAUAUCUAUCUAUCUAUCUAUCUAUCUAUCUAUCUAUCUAUCUAUCUAUCUAUCUAUCUAUCUAUCUAUCUAUCUCAUUUGAUUCAUAUCUAUCUAUCUAUCUAUCUAUCUAUCUAUCUAUCUAUCUAUCUCAUUUGGUUCAUAUCUAUCUAUCUCAUUUGGUUCAUAUCUAUCUAUCUAUCUCAUUUGGUUCAUAUCUAUCUCAUUUGGUUCAUAUCUAUCUAUCUAUCUAUCUAUCUAUCUAUCUAUCUAUCUAUCUUUCAUUUUUUCUAUAUCUGA